AUGUCGCGCCAAUCACUCAGUCUGCGCCCUCUGGUUGCAAAUGACAGUGCGACUGCACUGAUCGAGAGAUCACCACAACCCAGUUCGAGUCUUGAUCCAGAAUACCUCCGCCAGCAAGCGCGCUGGAUCCGCGACACCCUCGACCCGCAAGUCGCUCAAGAUGGACCCGACGCUCUUCACUCCGACGAGACGCUCACACUCGACGAACUCCUCCGCAAGAUCCUCGACUCACACAUCACCCUCGAAGACAUCCGAUACAGUCGAAUGCACCUCGCGAUUACUGAAAUCGCAGGACGGGCGACUCGAUGGCCGAAGAAGCUGAUUGACAAAUGCGAUGCGAUCACUGAGAUCUGGGAGAGCAAGUAUGGGCCUUUGAACAAGAUGGGGACGCCGCUGUACGAGUCUGGUGGGAGAUUGUUUGGCAUUUGCAAGCCUGAGGAUUUGAGUAAGGAGAAGUUGCUUGUGAAGUGGUUGAAGCAGCCGGGUUCGAAGCUGAGUCCGGCUGUUGCGAGGAGGGCCGGAGAUCUUGGGUUUACGCCCGGAGACUGGUGGAUCAGCCCUUUGUUCGCUCACCGGGCAGGCAUCAUCGACAGCGGUAAUUCAGAUGGCGGCGUAGUAUCUGAUCACCUAGGCGCCUAUGCAGUCGUGUUGACAGACCAAGACGAAAUUUCUGGCUCUGAUCCUGAGACGUGCCAAUAUCGAGCGAGGGAUCGCGAUCCAGGUCGAUAUCGUCUGACAGCAGGCACUCCAGGAUCUCGCCAUCCCAUUCGAAUUCUGAGAAGCCAUUCUUUGCACAGCUUUUGGAAGCCGAAGGCUGGGCUCAGAUAUGACGGGUUGCACAAAGUCAUGGGCUGGACAAUCAAGACAGACCCCAAGACCUCCGAGACCGUAUUCCUCAUCACCUUCAAACGACUUCCCAACGAAGUGAGCAUGGACACGGUCCUCAGUCGACCUUUCACAGACGAAGUCGAAGACUAUACGGAGUACAAGCGUCUUCGCCACGUGCAUCGUGAGAAGCAGAAAGAGUCCUCAGCGCCCGGGUUGCAGUUCUCGGCAGAUGGAUCACUCGAUAUCUAUCAGGACGAGACGGCACAGAGCCCAUUCCAGGAAGCGUUCACAGACCAAAUGCCCGAUGAGUUUGCUCCAAAAGCGAAGGGAAUAACGGAGGUAUCGCCAAAUCAGAAGAGAUAG